AUGGCUUCGACCAAAGUUGCACCUCCUCAACAGCCAACUAUGAUGGACAUUCCAGAGCCAGAGUUCAAGACUUGCAAAAUGAAUGAGGAGAUGGCAUUAACGGCUAAGGAUUACAUUUUAUCUGGACUGAAGAAGUACGGUUUGGAAAAGGAGGUCGCUGAAUAUAUCAAGCGCAAGUUCGACAAGAAAUUUGGCCCUAAAUGGCAUUGUAUCGUCGGACGCCACUUUGCGUCGCAUGUCUCGUACGAGCCAGAUCAUUAUCUCUACUGCAAAGUCGGAGAAGAAGUAAUUCUUCUUUUCAAGAGUGGAGGAAGCGGUGGAAUUAAACUUGCAUCUUAA